UUUACUGCACCAUUGUCUGAGGAUGCCAAGGAAGGGAGCCCUACUUCAUUCAAUGUUAUUCGUGAUAUUGCGCAAUUUGGAAGUGUGGCGGUCUUCUGGGAGAUCUACAGCAUCAGUAGCAACACAUUCAACCCUAACGGCACAGACUUUGACAACAUGAGAGGCUCUGUGGUCUUCAAGGAAGGAGAAAAGGUCAAAGCGCUGACUGUUACACCGAAGGCGGAUGGCGUGCCCGAAUUUGAUGAGAUGUUCAAGAUUGUUUUGUUUAACACCUCAGUCAUCUCUGACGAUGUUGAUAACUUACAAGCGUCACUCGCCAAGACGGACUUGACCGUAAACCUGACCAUCAAAAUGAAUGACGACCCCCAUGGCGUACUUGGCUUCCCAGUGACGUCCAAAGAGAGAGAUGUGGCAGAGGACUACUACCCUGGGUUCAAGAAUACAACCAAGACAAAUUUCACUGUUCAGAGGACGAUGGGAGAUGUGGGUGAUAUUGAGGCUGUCUGGGGUAUCUACUCUGACUCCGGUACCAACCUACCAAGUAUGCAUGACCUUCUCUUCUUGGGUACUGUCCCGACGUCGGUGAAGGAAGUAGCCACCAAGAGAAGACUUGGUACUGGCACGGUUGUGCUGCAGUUUGAGGCCACAGCUGGUUCAUGGGUCUCUGUACCGGCUGCGCAUCAGCCGUCUCCUGCAGACAUCACAUCAGGCUUCAGCAUCAGCGCGUGGAUUCAACCAGCUGGCGCGACAGAUGGGUUCAUCGUAGCAAAGACAUCACCCAAAGGAGACCGGGUCUAUUACGGCUUGAAGGUCAAGACUCAGAAGGUUGAGCCAUUGACUACGAUUGACUUCAGAUAUGCUUUGAAGGGGAAUCAAGACAGUCAGAAUGCACCAAUCAAGGUGACUGGUAAAGCUCUUGAUGAUGGAACGUGGCACAGCAUCCUAAUCACAGUCGAUAGUGGUUACGUGGGAGUCUACCUGGAUGGUGUCAACAUUGGAAACACUCAACUUGGUGACAAGCAAACGGAGGAUCUACCAGGAAACCUGGCUGUUGGCGCUCUACCGUCUGGUGCUGAGGCCUUCAAGGGACUGAUGCAGGAUGUUAUAGUCUAUAGCAGGAAGCUUGAGCCAGGUGAAAUCAAGGAGAUAUUUGAAACACCCUCUCGUAAGGAUGUAACCCCUUUGUCAGGAUAUCUCCGCUUCCCUGACAAGAUGAGACAGGCCUUCAUCCACUUUUCAUCCCUGGAUGAUGCAGUGGAAGAGAACAAUGAAGUGUUCAGUGUCAGGUUGAUCUCUGCCAAGGGAGGGGGACGUGUGUCGACGAAUGAUUACGCAGGCAUUCUUAAAGUUCUGAAAAGUGACAAUGCAAAUGGGCUAUUUGGGUUCAGCAGUGGCUGCAAACCGACUGUUGCCACAACUGAGAACAUCACCUUUAACUGUGACGUAGACAGAAGGAGAGGGAACCAUGACACUGUUACAGUGAAAUGGAAAAUUUAUCAGAUGGUUAAUGAUGCCUUGGUCAAGGCAAGUGCAGACUUUGUCCAGUCAAGUGGAGAGGUGAUUUUCAAGCCUGGCGACAGACAGGAGGUGUUGAGCUUUACCCUGAAGGAUGACACAUUGCCAGAACUUGAAGAAAGGUUCACCGUCAAACUGGAAUCUGUCUCAACUGCUGAUGGUCUCAUAGGCACUACCAAUAUCAGUGGAGCUAGUAUCGAUGCAAAGGCUAAUAUGGCGGAGAUUACGGUCGGCGAAAACGACCAUCCGUAUGGCUUGAUGGAAUUUGCAACAAACCUAGUGGCACCACCUAGUGGAGUUGUAGUAAAGCCAUUGAUGCAGAAACCAGAGGUUCGAGUGGCAGAGGAAGCCCGUGUUGCCACUCUCAUGGUUGUAAGGGCCCAGGGCGUGGUGGGCACUGUGAAGGUGGAGUGGCUGACCAUGGAGGGCAGUGCUGUCAGCUCGGGGGCAAGUGCAGACUUUCAGUGCUCAUAUAACUUGUGA